AUGAAAACUUUCGUCGUGUGCCUUUGUGCGGUAGUGGUAUGUCUGGCAGCGGAGGGAGAAGGGUUUGCUGCUUCAAGGGCUGAAGAUGGUCCAUCCACAGCUUAUCCUGAGCAAUCGUUCGAUCAGAAACUUGACCACUUCAACGUGGUUGAUACUCGCUACUGGAAGCAGCGAUAUUUCGUUGUCGACAAGUUCUACAAACCAGGCGGGCCAAUCUUCCUGUUUGUAGGUCCACAGACACCUCUUUCUCCUGCUAUAUUUACUGGGAAUGGAGCUUGGCUAGAUUAUGCUAAGACAUUCAACGCCAUUGGCUUUGCUGUGGAGCAUCGAUAUUAUGGGAAAAGCCAGCCAACACCAGACUUUAGUGUUAAUAAUCUACAGUACCUGACCGUUGAACAAGCGCUGGAGGACUUGGCUACCUUCAUAGUCAAGACAAACAAGGAACGCAACUUCAAGAAUCCGAAAUGGAUCACAUUUGGAGGAUCAUACACAGGUAUGAUGUCAACUUGGCUCCGGUCCAAGUUCCCCCAUCUCGUCACAGGAGCUGUAGCUGACAGUGCACCAAUAACUUCACCAGUGUUUGUCAAAGAGUAUUUUGUUACUGUCGGAGACGAUCUGCGUACAGAAUCAGGAUGCUACCAGGCUGCGUCAGAUAUAUUUGAUGAAGUCAGGGCAAGUCUCAAGACGGAUGCUGGCGUCAAGAAGCUGCAGUCGCUCUUCAGGUUCUGUGACUUCAAUGCUUCAAAUAAACUGGACGUAGAGAGUAUGAAUAUGUUCCUUCUCAACCAGAUUGGUUUGACGGCAGCAUUCAACAAGGAAGAUUCCGAUAUCAUGUUUGGGACGCUGGGGUAG